AUGAGCACCGGUGAUUUUUUAACAAAGGGAAUUGAUUUAAUACAAAAAGCCAUUGAUUUAGACACAGCUACGCAAUAUGACGAGGCUUACACCGCAUAUUACAAUGGAUUAGACUAUUUGAUGCUAGCAUUAAAGUAUGAGAAGAACCCCAAAUCUAAGGACUUAAUUCGAGCAAAAUUCACUGAGUAUCUGAAUCGUGCAGAACAAUUAAAGGAGCAUUUGGAAACAGAACAACAGAAGAAACAAGAAAAGCCAAAAAAGGCAGCCACUGCUUCUGGUUCAGGUGGCAAUUCCAAUACAGAGGACGAUGCAGACGAUAAAAAGCUAAGAGGAGCCUUAUCAGGGGCGAUCUUGACAGAAAAGCCUAACGUUAAAUGGGAGGAUAUCGCUGGUUUAGAAGGUGCUAAAGAAGCAUUGAAGGAAGCUGUGAUUCUUCCAGUGAAAUUCCCACAUCUUUUUAAGGGUAAACGUAAGCCUACGACUGGAAUCUUGUUAUAUGGUCCACCAGGUACUGGUAAAUCCUAUUUAGCGAAAGCUGUUGCCACAGAAGCCAACUCUACCUUUUUCAGCAUAAGUUCCAGUGACUUGGUUUCGAAAUGGAUGGGUGAGUCAGAAAGAUUGGUCAAACAACUAUUUGCCAUGGCAAGAGAGAACAAGCCGUCCAUCAUUUUUAUCGAUGAAGUCGAUGCAUUGACCGGGCAAAGAGGAGAGGGAGAGAGUGAAGCAAGCAGAAGAAUAAAAACAGAACUUUUGGUUCAAAUGAAUGGUGUAGGUAAUGAUUCCAGUGGAGUCUUAGUUCUAGGAGCAACUAAUAUCCCAUGGCAGUUGGAUAGUGCUAUUAGAAGAAGAUUUGAGAGAAGAAUAUAUAUUCCCCUACCUGACCUUGCGAGCAGAACAAAAAUGUUUGAGUUGAACGUUGGUGAUACACCAUGUAAAUUAACAAAAGAAGAUUACAGAUCUCUAGGGGAGAUGACAGAUGGUUAUUCAGGAUCCGAUAUUGCCGUGGUUGUCAAGGACGCAUUAAUGGAACCUGUCAGAAAGAUUCAAAUGGCAACACAUUUCAAGAAUUCGUCGGAUGAUCCAGACGUACGGAAGCUAACACCAUGUUCGCCAGGCGAUCCAGAAGCCAUUGAAAUGUCAUGGACAGAUAUUGAUGCUGAUGAACUUCAGGAGCCUGAUUUAACUGUAAAAGAUUUCCUAAAGGCUAUACAAACGUCAAGACCAACAGUUAAUGAAGAAGAUAUACACAAACAGGAAGAGUUCACCAAAGACUUUGGUCAAGAGGGAAAUUAG